GUCCUGCUUGAAACCAAGAAGUUGAUCGACGACGUGGAAAACGCGUUUUCAGAAGUAAAAAUAGAAUACCGAUGUGCCACUGUGAUCCUCCGCGACAUGCAGCAGCUGCAGUACCUCAAUGUAGCCGGACGGCUGGCGUGUAUGUUCAACAUCACCAGGAUACUGCUGGGCAUGCCUGUCAAAUUGUUCAAG